CACGAUGAUGGUGGGCAAGACCAGCGCCAUCGCGGCGGGCCUUUGCGGGGCCCUUUUCAUCGGUUAUUGCAUCUACUUCGACCGCAAGAGACGGAGCGACCCGAAUUUCAAGAACCGGCUGCGGGAGCGAAGGAAGAAACAGAAGCUUGCCAAAGAGAGAGCAGGGCUUUCUAAGUUGCCUGAUCUGAAAGAUGCUGAAGCAGUUCAGAAGUUUUUCCUUGAGGAGAUUCAGCUUGGCGAGGAACUACUAGCUCAAGGUGAAUAUGAGAAAGGUGUUGAUCACUUGACCAAUGCCAUUGCUGUGUGUGGACAGCCGCAGCAGCUACUACAAGUUCUACAGCAGACUCUUCCACCACCAGUGUUUCAAAUGCUUCUAACUAAGCUCCCUACGAUAAGCCAGAGAAUUGUAAGUGCACAGUGCUUGGCUGAAGAUGAUGUUGAAUGAGGUCACACCACAACAGGGGGAAAAAAUGUUUUCUUACCCCAGAAGAUGAGCAUCAGUAGGGGGAUAAAGGGGCAAACAUAGUAGUUAAUGGACUGUGUACCACAUCGGGUUCUACCAGAGUUAAAAUUAACUUUGUGUAGGUGGGUUUCGCAGGAUUUUAUUUAUUAUCCCAGUGAAAAGUGUAUUUUGAUAAGAAUUCAUUUUAUAAAUACACUGUGUUGAGUUAUCAAAGUAUCACUAACUUCAUUAUUAUUAAAAUAUGCAGUUGUAAUGUUGUACAUAUAAAGACAUAAAACUACGACCUAUUAAAAACCCAAUGCUCAUUUUUGAAAAAACAAAGUUAUGGCAAUAAAGAUUUAUCUGCA